CUGUGUGUUCGCCAGAGCAGAGAGACAGAAAAGCAGAGACAGAGGGGGAGGAGAGGGACUCGAGGACUUCCUGUUUUCUAAAAGCAUCUGAUCACACAGACAGGAGGAUGUUCGGUAGAUUCAAACCGAUUUCUAAAGCUCUGCAAGUGCUGCCACAAUAGCAGAUCGUGAGACAUCCGUCUCUUCGUUCCCGGCUGCUGUUGCGCUCACUGAUCCGGGAUAAACGGGUCUGCGCCGGCAGGGCCGCCACUGAGCACCGAACCCAGAACCCCGAGUCUCCAGCUUCAUCCAUCAGAGCUGCUCCUCCUGGUGCUCUGCUGUACAUCUCGUUGCAAACGAAUAACCAGGGUCCUGAUCUACAGCAAGGCGAUCUGUGAGGAACCAGGGUGGCUUUUAUCAGCUGAGAUCUUCAGCAGGAAUCUGAAGAGUUCGGAUGUACCGCUCCAGGUGACCCUGAUCUGAGAUAUGGCUGUGCUGAAACUCGCUGAUCAGCCGCCUCUCGUCCAGGCCAUCUUCAAUGGAGACCCUGAGGAGAUACGCAUGCUCAUCUACAAAUCGGAGGACAUCAACGCACUGGACACAGAGAAGCGAACCCCCCUCCAUGCUGCAGCGUUCCUUGGAGAUGCAGAAAUCAUCGAGCUCCUCAUCCUCUCUGGGGCCCGGGUCAAUGCCAAAGACAACAUGUGGCUCACCCCUCUGCACAGGGCCGUGGCAUCACGGAGUGAGGAGGCGGUGCGGGUGCUGAUCCGUCACUCGGCCGACGUGAACGCUCGUGAUAAGAACUGGCAGACACCUCUGCAUGUCGCCGCCGCCAACAAGGCUCUGCGCUGCGCUGAGCUGAUCAUCCCUCUGCUGAGCAGCGUUAAUGUGUCGGACCGCGGCGGACGCACUGCCCUGCACCACGCUGCCCUCAACGGACACACGGAGAUGGUAAACCUGCUUCUGGCGAAAGGUGCGAAUAUUAAUGCCUUUGAUAAGAAGGACAGUCGUGCCCUCCACUGGGCGGCAUACAUGGGUCACCUGGAUGUGGCGCGUCUGCUGGUGGAGCAGGGAGCGGAGGUCAGCUGUAAGGACAAGCGAGGAUACACACCGCUCCACGCUGCCGCCUCCAACGGACAGAUUUCUGUGGUCAAGUACCUGCUUAGCCUGUCUGUGGAGAUAGAUGAGGCCAAUGCGUUUGGGAACACAGCCCUGCACGUGGCGUGUUUUAAUGGUCAGGAUGCUGUGGUGAGUGAGCUGAUCGACCACGGUGCUAAUGUGAGUCAGCCCAACAACAAAGGCUUCACCCCUCUUCACUUUGCUGCCGCGUCCAUACACGGAGCCCUCUGCCUCGAGUUCCUGGUCAACAAUGGAGCCGAUGUAAAUGUGCAGAGCCGAGAUGGGAAGAAUCCACUUCACAUGACCGCAGUGCACGGACGCUUCACGCGCUCACAGACCCUCAUCCAGAAUGGUGGAGAGAUCAACUGUGUGGAUAAAGAUGGCAACACUCCAUUACACAUCGCAGCCCGUUAUGGUCACGAACUCCUCAUCAACACCCUAAUCACCAGCGGCGCCGACUGCACCAGGAGAGGAAUUUACGGGAUGUUCCCGCUGCAUCUGGCUGCUCUUAACGCUCAUGCCGACUGCUGCCGAAAACUUCUGUCUUCAGGACAGAGACAUAGCAUUAUCUGCGUCCUCAGUAAUGAUUCAGUCCUGUGUGCAGGCUUUCAGAUUAACACCCCAGACAGCCUGGGCAGGACGUGUCUUCAUGCAGCCGCUGCUGGAGGUAAUGUUGAGUGUGUGAAGCUGUUGCUCAGUAGCGGAUCAGAUCACAAUCGCACGGACAAACACGGCAGGACUCCUCUGCACUACGCAGCUGCCAGUCGUCAUUUUCAGUGCCUGGAAACUCUAGUGUCCUGUGGUACCUUCAUCAAUUCUACUGAUCAGUGGGGGCGCUCUGCCCUGCACUAUGCUGCAGCCUCUGACCUGGAAAGAAGGCGGCGUGUAGCCCUGGAGCCAGAGAGUCCAGGAGUGCAAGCAGAGAAAGAGAAGGAGGCAGCGUUGUGUCUUGAGUUCCUGUUGAAAAGUGGCUCUGCUGCCUCACUAAAGGAUAAGCAGGGUUACAGUGCUGUUCACUACGCCGCUGCCUACGGCCAUCGCCGCUGCCUGGAGCUGCUUCUAGAGAAAGACGACAGCUCACAGAAUGAGGAGGAGAGCUCCAGUACCCGGAGUCCACUACAUCUAGCCGCUUAUCAUGGUCACGCACAGGCGCUGGAGGUGCUGUUGAAGGGUCACUGUGAGGUGGAUCAGGGUGAUGAGGUGGGUCGUACAGCUCUUGCACUGGCAGCACUUAGAGGGCACACUGACUGUGCUCUCGCCCUGCUGAACCAUGGCGCCUCAAUCCACUGCAGAGACACCCUCCGAGGGCGAACCCCCAUUCAUCUCGCAGUAAUGAAUGACCACACAUCAUGUGUCCGCCUCCUGCUGGAAGACUCUGACAGUGCAGACCUGGUGGAUGCAGCAGAUUCUCAGGGACUAACACCUCUGAUGCUGGCGGUCCUGGGGGGUCAUGUGGAUGCUGUGUCUCUGCUGUUGGAGCGGGAGGCCAAUGUGGAUGCAGCAGAUCAUCAUGGACUGACUGCACUUCAUUUAGGAUUGCUGUGUGGUCAGGAGGAGUGUGUGCAGUGUCUGAUGGAGCAGGAGGCCUCGGUGUCGACGGCUGACUGUAGGGGGCGCACGGCGCUCCACAUGGCGGCAGCACGGGGUCACGCGUCCUGUCUCGGUGAGCUUCUGAGUGUCGCCUGUUCAGAUUCAGCGAACCCUCCCCUGCGGGAUCGUUACGGAUACACACCGCUUCACUGGGCCUGCUACAACGGUCAUGAAGGCUGUGUGGAGGUGCUGCUGGAGCAGAAGGGCUGUCAAAUUUUUGAUGGGAAUCCUUUCACCCCUCUGCACUGUGCAGUGAUAAACGACCAUGAGCCUUGUGCCUCUCUUCUGCUGGAUGCCAUGGGUUCUGACAUAGUAACCUGCAAGGACUCUAAGGACAGGUUACCUCUUCAUGCAGCUGCGUUUGCAGACCAUGUGGACUGUGUUCAGUUGCUUCUGGCCCAUGAUGCUCCUGUGGAUGCGUUGGACCAAUCGGGGCGCAGUGCGCUCAUGAUGGCAGCUGAGAGGGGUGCAAUCGGAGCUGUAGAAGCUCUGCUGACUGGUGCCAAUGCAGACCUCACUUUAACAGACCAAAAAGGCAACACUGCGCUGCACCUCACCUGCAGUAGUGGAAAGGAAGAGUGUGCUUUAUUUAUUUUAGAGAAACUUCCAGAUGCCACACUUAUCAACGCCACAAAUGCAGCACUUAAGACUCCCCUCCACCUAGCAGCUCACAGUGGGUUAAAGCAAACGGUGCAAGAGCUGCUGUCUCGUGGUGCCAACGUGCAGCUCCUAGAUGAAAACGGUCUCACUCCUGCUCUGGCUUGCGCUUCUAGCAAAGAAGUGGCUGAGUGUCUGGCUCUCAUUCUGGCUACCAUGAUGCCUUUCUGCUCCCCUUGCAGCUCUGGUGCUCCUUCCCCAGGCACCCUGCUGAAGUCUCUGCCCGGCAAAGCCAAGGACCCUCAGACACCAUACAGCCCCAGAGACCCUUCCGGCCCUUCCAGCGAGGGCACUGCAACAGAGAACGACUCGGACUCCGAAACCUUUUGACCACUGCCCGUUCCGGAGUCUCGCUUUCAGCUCUAUAGUUCUCACAGCACUUAACCUAGAGGACCUCACAAAAACAGACAAAUACCUUCCAUUUCUGUGGUUGGAGAAGAUAUUUAUAAAAUUAUUAAGGCUGAUGUAUGCUUCGUGCAGCCAUGCGGGUAUAACAGAACCAGCAUGGGUAUUUUAUUGUAUCGGACUGGCAGAUGUGAUAAAAUUUGGCUACUAGUAAUGUUCUCAUUUGCAUUGUUAUUCAAGCAAGUUAAUUUACUAUCAGUUAUACAGCCAGUUUGUUAACCAGUGCACCAAAUUUAAAGUCAAGGAUAACACUUCAGGAGAAACUGAGCAGUUUCUCUCUGCCCAUUUUGUGCUUUGCUUUUGGCUGUGUUAUUAACAAACAGGGUCAACAGGCAAAGAGGGUCAAAGUUCAAUCAGAUUGAACUCUUGAGUGCAGUGGCAAGCUGUAAAAAAUGAACAUCAAAGCAGUAAAUCUGCACAGUGGCACAGCAAUAAGGUUAGCAACUUCGCCGCACUCCAUAAGAAACAAUAACAAGCCAGCAAAAAGUGGUUUUGCCACUUAUCAUGUGAAUUUUUUCAUUUGGUUUGUAAAAUUAUAUUAAUUGAAAUGAUAUGGGACAUAAUUAUAGAGAACCAAUCACACUAGUCACAUUGUCGCUGGUCGGGUGUACCUACCUAGCUCUGGUCAUCAGUAAAAUCGAGUCUGUUUCUUUAUAGACAUUUUAAAAUUGGUUCCAUUUUCCGACAAGUGAUCUCUCUCUCUCUCUCUCUCUCUCUCUCUCUCUCUCUCUAUCUAAUCUAUCUAUCUAAUCUAUCUAUCUAUCUAAUCUAUCUAUCUAUCUAUCUAUCUAAUCUAUCUAUAUAAACAUUAUUCAAAGCUGCUGGUUUGUGACCAGAA